AUGGAUGAAUUUAAAGAAUCCGCAACACCAAGCGAAAAUACUACAUUUACUUUAGUCAAUGAAGACAUUAAAGUAGAAAACAAUGAUGAUUAUAUUCCAAAAACAGAUUUAGAUCCAAUUCAGGAUUAUUUUCAACUUGUCGAGUUCUUUAAUCAAAAUAUGAUUGAUGAAAUGCUUGAUAACUUAAAGAAUCUAUACAUAUUUUCAAACCAAAACAAUAUAUUAUCAAUUUCAAAUUUUAAUGUUCCAACAUUCACUGAAACUUUCGUUCAAAUAGCAAUAAGAUGUGAUGACAACUUCUUUUCAUAUUCAUUGCUUAUUCUUCAGAAUGUUAUUAAGUGUUCAAAAGAAGAUCAAUUUGAAUCUUCAAUAGAACCAAUGUUAAAUGAAGCUUUAUUCCAAAAAUUACUUAGAUUAUAUGUUGAUCCUAACGAUAUCUACGAAAAACGCUGCAUUGUUAACUUUCUCAGAUUUUUCAAUUCUUUUUCUCAAGUUACACGUGAUUUUUCGUGCGAAACAUUUGAUAUAGAUACAGUAAAUUCAGCAAUUAUUAAUUCUGAAGAUGAAUCACAAAGUUUAUCAAUAAAUCUCUUAUCAUCUUUUUUAUUUUAUCCAUUUGAUGAAGAAACACUAUUUGGAAUUGUCCAAUUUGUAUCAGAAGGACUUGAUCAAGUCGAAGGAAAAUCAAAAUAUUCGUUAAUUGAAGUUGUUAUUGAAAUUCUCAAACAAAAUCCAGAUAUUGCAUUUCAAUGUCAAUCAUUUGAUUCUAUUUUGGAUGCAAUUCAAGAUCCUCCUAAAGAUUUUAUCAAUCAAACUUUGACUUUAUAUAAAUACUUGUUAAAAAGUGAUGAAUCAAAUAUAGAUCCACCAAGAUUAUUAGUUAAUCUAUUAAAAUCAGAUUCCAAAAGUAUUUUGAAUCAAACGACAGAGUUAAUCAUAGAAUUUAUUAGAAGAAACGAAACUUCAGUUCAAAUAUUAUGUUUUGAAGGAAUGCUAAGUGUAAUUGCUGAUAUAUUAGGUGAUGGAACAUUUUUACAGAAGAUUCCUUGUUGCCAAAUCAUUCUUGAAUCAUUGAAACAAGCAGAUGUAGAUUUUAUUUAUCUUUUGUUGAAUACAAGGUCAUUUGUAUACAAAACUAGCAUAUUAUCAUCAAUUACUAGUCUUCUUUCAAUAGAUAAUGAAUCUGAAUUUAAAAUUCUUUUUGAAAUAAUAGAGAUAAUACUUACAGCUCCUAUUACGAAUAAUGCAAAGAUUUUUGCUAUUAAAAACUUCAUGGAAAGUGAUGGUCCUGAAAAUUUCGAUGAAAUACUUGAUGAAUCUGAAGAUAAUGAACUAUGCGAAAGAGUUCAAGCUCUUAAGGAUAUGAUUAUAGAGAUGAAUGAAGAAGGCGAAGAAGUUGAAGAAGAUGAGAACGAUUGGAUUAAGAUUGGUGAAAAAUUCCUCAGAGAUCCAAGAGUUAUGUAUGAAUCAAGCACUUCUGAUGAAUAUAUGGACAGCGAAGACGAAAAUGAAUACAUUAAAAGAAAAGAACUCGAAGAUGAAGAGAAGAAAUCUAUAUAUUACUAA